ACACAUUUGUUUCUACUCUAUAUGAUGGCCAUCAUUGGGCAUAAAGUCCCCCCCACCCACCAAACCCCCACCGCCUCGCUCACACUUUAACACAAUAAUAUUUUGACCACAUGUGAACAAACACAUGAAAAUAGAAAAGAACAACAAAGAAAGGCAUUUGAAGAUAUUUUUGCUCUUCGUUCCUGCAAUUUAUUUUAACAAGGUUUUAGAAGUACAUAAGCACCAGUGCUUCUAUCCAUCAUAAAGGACCAAGUAUACUGAAUAAAAGGCCAACUACAACUUAGAGAACAUGGACCAAUUCCUUACUUCAUCCUACACGUUCAGAAUCUCUGCCGAGAUGGGCGAUGAAACAAAAAAUACAAUUCACCCUCUUCACAGAAGAUCUGAAAAAAGGAGCUAGAUCGCUUGAACUGAAUACACCAUUGGAAUUAGUUGACACCGAGAAUCUGAACAAAGGACUCAUCUCAUUAUUCAUCAAAGCUGCUGUCAAGUUACAACCAACCACAUACCAAAGACGAGAUGAAAUAUUUUCAUUAUUAUGCCCACAUCAGCUCUCUUACCAACACACAAAAAGUCCACAACUCAAGAGAAAAGAAAGAGCUACUAUACAAGUCAAGAUGACAAACAACUGCAGGGGAAAAGAACAAGUACAAUUUCAAAGCAUCUAGCUUCCAUAGUGAAACUAUUAGCCGUGGUGAAAAUGACCUCUAAACCUUACGCAGGUCAUUUUCAAAUUUUUUUCAAGUGGGUUUUAGCCUUAACUGCAUGUAAAAUCUAUGUACUGUCAUGCUACUUUAGCUGUUUUGUCAAAUAAACUGGGUAACUACUG